AUAUGGUGCCAGCCACAGGGGCAGGCACGCGGGCCCUGGAUCAGAGGUGUGCCGCUACCCCUGCCGGUAUGGGCCCAUUACGAGGCACCAGCCUUGACCGUACUAACGGUCGAACAAUAUGAGGAACUAGCAGGCAGCGUUGAAUUAGAAACGCAACACUUAUUGCGUGAGCAUCGCUAUGACACCAUUGGCAAUUUCCUUAAAUUUUAUAAGGACUAUAUUGCAAGUGGUGAAACCGUACUGGAGAGAUUUUAUCACAAAUAUCAACCACUUAUAACACGUGAACAUCAUACCUGUGUGGGUUUGGGAUUUGAAUUGCUAUACCGUUUAAGAUGUUUGAAUAAACGAUUUCCUGGUAUAGCAGGUGGCCUCUACUUAGUAUCCUGUGAAGAGACGAUCGAUAAUAUUGCUAAUUAUGUUGGUGGACCACCCGCUGCAGAUAGCGGAGAAAAGGAACAUGUAUUAGUAUGUCUGAAAAUCGAAAUUGGUGGACGAAAAGGAGUUAUGCUCCUCGAUCCUGGAUAUCAUGUAGCUCGAGUAAUUACUGUGAUGGAGGAUAAGUUAUACCCACAUACGGGCUGGUUUAUUCAAUCUGAUGAGCCAGAUUGUAAAAAAGAGUACAAUUACUUUCUAUGCACUAACGAUCCUGAUUACAUUGAGUGGCAUGAGAGAAAAACUCGAUCUGGUACCCUAGAGAGAACACAAGUUGCUCUUAUAUACGUGGCAAGGCCUUAUUUAACUGCCAUCGAUGUUACUGAACGCAGAAAUUUAGUUUAUAACUUCAGGAGCCUUCUUGCAAGAGAUACUAAAGGUCAUGUUACAGCUGGUAUAUAUUUUCCUGUUGUGCUCGAUAUAAACAAUGCACAAACCUUUUCAAUUUUUUAUCAAACUAACAAUGGCAAAAAACGAAUUAAAAUGGCAUUUAACAAAUUCUGCAGUUCACCGAAGAUAAAUCCUGGUGCCGAAGAAAAAGAAGUCAUUGCUGAAUGUGCUCGGCAAUUAGGUCUCUCGCAAGUUACCCUAGAGGAUCUAUUAUGUACUCUUGCUACAGUUAUGAGUGACUCAGCCUUCGUGGCUCAACUCCUGGCUAUUAAUUCAAGAAUCAACACUUUAGCAGAGGACAAUUAACAGAAGUCAAUCUGCCCUGUGUGGUGCAGACAAUAUAUAAUGUAUCAUUUUUUUUGCCGGCUUUCCUCUUACGUUCUUUUUAUUCUGUUGAUGGUUAUCUUAAUAGCUUUACUAUGUACUACAGAUAUUAAUUUUAUUCUGAUUAUAAAAUAGGGUAUAAUAUUUUUUAAUGAACUUUAAUAAAACUUAUGUAUUUAACGCAUUGUUGUUAACAGUUUGAUGAAAAUAUUAAUGUAUGUAUUAAUAAUUUUUGAAGAUUGUUUUCAAAAUUUAAUAAUAGCAUAUAUUUACACCAUUCUUUAUUAUUGCUUAUAUAAAUAUUUAAUCGUAGGUCUUUUUGAAGUUUUAGGAACUUGAAUGCUUUCAUUGAAACAAUACUGAGUAAUAUUAGUUUCCUGUUUAUGUUUUAAAGAACAAAAAUCAUAAAAAAUGGUGGUAUUAGGGAUGACUUAUAUUCAAUCUCUUUGUUAGUAUAAAGGUGGAUUAAGUUAUACUAAAUCUAUAAUUUUUAUUUGAAUAAACAGAGACCAGAAUCAUUA